AGAAAUCGUUCCUCCUCUUGCACACACGUCUCAAUACAGAGUUUUCGCUCAUAUCGCAAUGAACGUUGUUGUAGGUUUGGUCGCUUGAGCGAAACAAAAAGCAGACCAACAAGAAGAAGAGAAAGAAAAAAAGAAGAAAUAUACGAACUCCAGGAGGAGAUCUGUGAUCUGUUGUUGAUGUUUGAACAUAGUUUAAUUCUGUCAAUGUGAUUCAUGCCAGUGCGUGCGUUUGUUGCUCAUAGAAGUGUAGGAAUUAUAGCAUAAUCUAGAAGUGUAUUAAAAACAAUGUUGUAUGCAUAAAAGUGAAACACAUACAUACUUAUAUAUAUACAUACAUAUAUAUAUAUAUGUUCAUUGGUUUCAAUGAUCUCAUCACCAUUACAGUCUAUCAGAUUAUUUGCAAUUACCAUAUCUAUAUCUAAUGCAAACAAAUAGAACCCAGUUCUGCUGAGCACUGAGAGAAAAUUUACACAGAACCAGACUUUGGGUUUUCCUCAUCGAGAAAACUUGAAUGAAUAAUGAAGAAGCAAUUCUUUCGAGUCAAGCAGCUAGCUGAUCAAGCCUUCCUUGGGGCUGACAAAAGCGAAGGUUUGAAUCACGAUGAAUUGAAGAAGGCCGACAUUAAAGUAGAAUAUAUAACUAGAGCUUUAACCGAGAUUAGUAAAAAGUUGAAAAAGAAAAAGAAUUAUGAGCAUUCACUUGGCAAUUACACGAAUGAAUUAUUACAAGAUGAGACUGAAAAGUCGCUGCUGCUGUAUGUCCUCAAGGAGUUUGGCAAUAUUGAAUUGUGCAUAUCCGAAGAUCAAGCAAUAUGCGAAGGGAAUGUAGAAAAUCAUGUGAUGGCGCCGGUGAAUACGAUCUUGGAGAAGGAUCUGCCCAACAUCAUGAAACUGAAGAAGAGUUUGAGUAAAUAUAUUUUGGACAAAGAUUCGGCGACGAAUAGGUGGCAAAGCGCAACUAAAAAUGGACAAAAGGAAAAUUUGAAAGAAGACAUGGAGGAAGCCGACAUCAAGGUAGAUCAGAGCAGGGAUAUAUUGGCAGUGGAAAUGUUUAGCCUUUUACGCAGAGAAAAUGAGAUUAGUUCAUACCUUUUACAAAUUCUAAAGAUGCAACGGUCGUAUCAUGAGAGUGCCUUAAAGACGUUAGCGGAUAUCAUACCAAAAUUGGAGAAACAUAUCGAUGAUAGUGAAGUAAAGCCAAUAUUUGGAUGUGACCUGAGGGAGCAUUUGAAGGUGAGCAAAAGAAAAUUAGCGUAUCCGUUGGAGCUGUGCGUCGUAUCGUUGAUGGAAUUAGGCAUGUCGGAGGAAGGUUUAUUUAGAAUAGUUGGAGGUGCAUCUAGGGUGAAGAGGUUAAAAUCGUCGAUCGAUUCCGGAUGCUUCUGUUUACCGUUGAUUCAGGAGUACAGAGACGUUCAUGUAUUAGCCAGUACACUGAAAUCCUAUUUGAGGGAACUGCCGGAGCCGCUUCUAACUUAUGCAUUAUAUGAAGAUUGGAUAGAGCUAAUGAAACUCCCGGACGACCAGAGGAUUCCCAAAGCGCAGGAUAUUUUGAAACUGAUGCCUCCACAGAAUAGAGAAAAUUUGGCAUUUCUUAUGCAUUUUCUUAACAAGUUGUCCAAACACCACGAGAACAAAAUGAGUUUGUCGAACCUCGCCAUAGUAAUUUCGCCGAAUCUUCUGUGGGCCAAAAACGAUGAAAUGAAAACGAAUAUGAAAGUAUGCGCUGCGCUCAACAUGAUUGUAGAAUUGUUUUUGAUCAAUGUCGAGUUGCUGUUCCCUGACGACAUGAUGAAAUUCACGACAAUCCGGAAAGGUGAUAUCUUGGAUGGGGACACUUUCCAUCGGCCCGAGGUGAUUGGAAUCAGGAACAUCGAUCACCUAGAUGGCAGCUUUCAUUCUGAGACCGCAAGUCCGAGGCCUAUCAUGAGGAAGAAAGUUAAACAAGCGCCCGCGCCGCCUAACCAGAGGAAUGAUGACUGCGACAGCACAGAUAGCACAUCGUCUUAUCCUUCCGGCAGCUCCACGCUAAACCGAUCUCAUAAAAUUAGGUCAUCGGAUAAAUCUUGGCGGUCCUCGAAAGCGGAAAGUGAAGACGAAGAGAAAAUUCGAAGGUCAAGUUUAAUAAUAGAUGAUAACAGUAAAGUGCACAUACAAAAAAUCGAUGCAAUGAAUCCGCCUCUAGUCAAUAUAGAUAGUGCCAAAGUGGUAGACCACAAAUACGUACAAGCGGCAACAAACGUGCAAUUAACCAAGUCCAAGCCCGUACAGUCAAUUUCAGCACAAGAUAGCCCUGUGGAAAUUGUCAAACCUGUCGCAGCGCCCAGAACGUCAAUACUCGCCGAGCCGGACAAAGUGAAUCAGAACGAUGCAAUGUCGAAGUCCACAACCGCAAUAGAAAUCGAAGGUGAGACUGUCUCGAUGAGGAGGCUCUCCAGGGACGAAUUAGAGAGACCCGGAAAGCCGGCAAUACCAAUGAGACCUGCAUCAUUACGCCAACCACUUCCUAGAACACAAGACAUCGAUCCGUCGAUACAAAAGACGCAAUGCUCCGUGUACAACAUACCACACAAACAGCAACCUAGCAUUGUGAACAUACGGGACAAGAACUCGGGACACGACAAUCAGUUUGCGGAGAAGCAGAAGUUCUUAAAUCAGCAGCCCGCGCCUCGCCCAUCCCUUGAGAACAAAUUUAAUGACAUUAAUUUCAACUGCGAUAAGAAGAAACCGGAUAUUCCUACGAGGCCUCCAAUCAUGAAGUCCAAUGAAAAACUCAACGUCGAUCAAAACAGUGAGAGGAUCAAUGGUAAUCCCAAAACUAGUCACAUACGAACAAGGUCCGAUGGAAACAUUGUAGAUUUAAAUUCAGAGUCAAUAACGGCGACAACCCUGCAGCCGCCCGCUUCCCCUAGAAGUUUAAACAAACCUUCACAGCCUCCCCCACCGCCGCCAGUAGUUAAACCAAAAGUCGAAACGGAGAAUUUAGACAAUUAAUACGUAUAUGAAUUUAUUGUUGUUGGUGCUCUGCAAUUUUGCAUUUCUAUUAAUUUUCGUUAUCCUGACAGCACACUGAAAUCUGGGUGAUAAAAAUCGUAUUAUACAAACACACAUAUAUAAAUAGAAAGAGAGAGAGAGAGAAAAAUUAAAAAAGCGCAAAGGAAUUCUUAGAAGGGUGUUUAAGUAUGUAAAAGAGACACGCGAGAUGCGCUUAUGAUAUUUACAUAUUCAUACUGCAUUUUUUUAUUCUUAUUUUUAAUAGAACUGAAUUCGCUAAGUUUAUUUUUAAUCACAUGUCGCUUUUAAAUCGUGUAAAUAAGUAUUAUUUAUAUUUUAAUUAAAGAAAAUUCUAUAUUGGUACAG